GCUUGGGCUGCGAUGAAUGCCCCGGUUCGGGGCGUCUCUGGGACGCUGCGGGCCCUUGGCGAGCCCUGGCUGUAGGCGUCGGUGGCCGUGGAGUCGGGCUCUGGCUCCCGACGCGUUCCUCCGCCUGGGUGCUGCGGGGUGGGAGAUGAGGCGAGUCUGUGCGGCCUCCCCGCGGGGUCUGCGGGUCGGUGCGGGACGCGGGCCGUCUCGAGCAGCUCCCGUCCGUCCGCGGCGAGCGGUGGCGCUGUUACCGGUCGAGUCCUUGGCGAGCAGCGCAACGACGGCGCCGGCUGGCAGGACUCGCAGGGCGCGCCGCGCUCCAGUUGUGAGCACAGGAAGCCCUGGCUUCCUUUACCCUGGGGCUGGGAGAUGCAGGUUUGGAGACAGUUGCGAGGUUAUGGGUCACACACAAAACUCUGAGUUUUCAUUUUGCUGAGAAGCUUGUGUCUCCUUGAAGCAGGGCACAGCGCAGUGUAAGCCAAGCUGCCCACAGGGGAGCGGGUCCACAUGCCGUUGGACUUUGUAACCGCCCUAAGAGAGAGCAGCGAUGUCAGACUGUGUGAGUGACGAGUGUUGGUUCGGCAGAGACAAAAGCUGUGACUACAGCUUUUCUAGGAUAGGGCUGUCCGAGACAGGUUUCUACCAGAACUACAGCAAGAAGCAUUUCCGAAUUUUCAAGGAAACGGGACCACAAAACUCCUGCGUUGCCUACAUAGAAGAUCACAGUGUGAAUGGGACCUUUGUAAAUAAAGAGCUUAUAGGAAGAGGGAAAAGGCUGCCACUGACCCACAAUUCUGAAAUUGCAUUGUCUGUACAGAGUAACAAAGUGUUUGUAUUUUCUGAUCUUAUGGUGGAUGAUCAGUCGGGGUAUCCCAGAGAAUUCAGAGAGAAAUAUAUCAUGUCAAAAACUUUGGGAAGUGGUGCCUGUGGUGAAGUCAAACUAGCAUUUGAAAAGGCCACGUGUAACAAAGUUGCUGUAAAGAUAAUCAAUAAACGGAGAUUUAUGACAGCUGCUGUGAGAGAGGCAGAUCCAGUGUUCAAUGUGAAUACAGAAAUAGAGAUUUUGAAGAAAAUAAAUCACCCCUGCUUAAUCAAGAUUAAAAACUUCUUUGAAGCAGAAGACUAUUACAUUAUUUUGGAAUUGAUGGAAGGAGGAGAAUUAUAUGACAGAGUGUCAAGACCAAUCAAGAUGAAAGAAGCUACCUGCAAGCUGUAUUUUUAUCAGAUGCUGUUGGCUGUAAAGUACCUUCAUGACAAUGGUAUUAUACACCGGGAUCUCAAGCCAGAGAAUGUGCUACUUUCAUCUUCUGAAGAAAAUUGCCUUAUAAAGAUUACAGAUUUUGGACAAUCCAAGAUUCUUGGAGAAACCUCUCUUAUGAAAACAUUGUGUGGCACUCCCACGUACCUUGCCCCUGAGGUUCUAAAUUCCCUUGGGACUGAAGGCUACAGCCGUGCUGUGGACUGUUGGAGUUUAGGAGUUAUUCUUUUUGUAUGCUUAUGUGGAUAUCCUCCCUUCAAUGAACAAAAUACUAAACUGUCUCUGAAAGAGCAGAUCACUCAAGGAAAAUACACAUUUAUUCCAAAGGAAUGGAAGCAUGUGUCUAAUACAGCUUUGGACCUUGUGAAGAAGCUGUUGGUUGUGGACCCAAAUAAACGACUUACAACAGAAGAAGCCUUAGGGCAUCCCUGGCUUCAGGAUGAGGCUGUGAAGGAUACAUUUAAACAACUACAAAAGCAAAUAGGGUUCUCUCUGGAUUCUUCCCAGGCAUCAAAAGUGCCAACUACAAUGAGAAAACGUCUCCAUGACAAGGAAGAGGAGCCCGGAUCUCCUAAGCGUGCUUUUCCUUCCACGUCAUUUAAGAAACCAAUGUGAAAAGAAA